CAUCCCUCCACUCUUCAUUCUCCCUCAUAGUUGCCUCCCUCUUCUCCAGCUACCACCUGCAUAUAUAUAUAUAUAUUAUAGUGUUCCCCACACUGCAUCUAUCUAGCAAGCUAGCUAGUUAAGUGCAUUUUUCAAAUUAGCAAAUUAAGUAAUCGAAUUGAGAUGGGGGAUCUGAGGGGUGAGUUGGAGGUGGAAGUAGAGCUCAAGUCUUCGGCUGACAAGUUCUAUGACGUGUUCAGGGGUAAGGUACACCACCUGCCCAACUGCACCCAGAGGAUUCAGGAUGUCAAGCUCCAUGAAGGCGAGUGGCACUCUCAUGGCGCCGUCAAGCAUUGGACCUAUGUCCUCCCCGACGGAAAAGUGGAGAGUGGAAAAGAGAAGUUCUAUAUAAACGAUGAGAAUAAAACGCUAAAGUUUGAGAUUUUUGAAGGAGACCCAAUGAAGGACCUCAAAGUGUACAACGGAAUACUGAAGGUGAGUCCGAAGGGUGACAAAGGUGGAGCGGCACACUGGACCUUGGAGUAUGAGCGACGCAGCCCAUCCAGCCCUCACCCUCAUCACUACCUCGACUUCGUUGUACAUCUCACCAAAGAACUCGAUGCUGCUCUCGCCAACGCUUAAUUCUCUUCUCCAUCUAUAUAUAUUAAUCCACCUACCUCCUCGAUCAUUUCCAUCCACAUCUAUUCCAUAUGUAAUAAAAUCCCUCUCUUUAUAUAUAUGAGUGCAUGUAGUAAAAGGGAGUUGUUAUUGGCAUAUAUAUAUGCAUGUUAUAUUAUGUAUAUAUGUGUGUUUUCAAUACCCCUCUGCAGUAAAAGGGAGCUGUUAAGCUUUUCUUUUGUAUUUUAUGAUUUGACCUGAUGGGUCAUCCGUCAUGCCUGUCUGGCCAAUUCAAAUGAAUGGUCUUGUUUGUUGAAUAAAAGCUCUAGUUCGACAAUGUAUUAA